UUCAUCGAAAUUUUCAAUAUGGCGGACACAGCAAGAGAAAGCGGCUCAAACGAAGUCGAAAAUUCUCAAUCUACUCAACCUCCUGCUGAAAAUAACCCCCAGAACGAACAACCACAACAACAAGAGUCUCCAUGGAAGGGAAUCUUAUUCAGAAUUUUUAUUUUCUGGCUGAUUUCAAAUUUAUUUCGAGGGAAACAGCAACAGGGCACUGAGAAUUCUGGUUUUACACCGGCGACCAACUUGUUUAAACCCAGGGAUUUCAUGGACCUUUAUGUCUACAUAUCUGACAAAAGCUAUAUGCAACCAGAAGACUUCAAUAAUACAAGUCUGUUGAUUUGGAAGCAAAAUAAGCUUCAGUUUGGUAACUGGACAUGUGGUGAGAAUGGCGAUGGUAGUUAUACAUACAGCUACACCAUCAAGGCUUCUGAGGAAUUGAUGAAUAAUGGGUCUCUAUAUAUCCAUGUGUUUGUUACCAAAAUGAACAGGCCACCCAACCCCAAGGCUCCGCGCUACAGGAGACUUGAUGUGGUGAAUAGAACAAUGUUGCUGACAGUAUACAAGAAAAGAAGGAUUAGUAACACUGUUAAUCUUCUGACAGGACUACAAACUGACGGGAAAAAGAAGGAGGAAAGUAUAAAAAGUGAAGACAAGAAAAAGGUUGAUAUUAUUUCUUACUGGCAUCCUAAUUUGACUAUCAAUAUGAUGGAUGAUCAGACACCGUGGACACCAGGAGCUGUCCCACCUCCCAUGGAUGAAUUUAUACAGUUUGACAAUCUUACCAACAUGUAUUUUCCAUUGUUAUAUCUAAAUAACUACUGGAAUCUGGGAAGUGAAUACAUGCCAAUCAAUGAGACAACACCAGAGCUGGAGCUGCACCUUACUUACAGUCCUAUUUCCUUGUUCAAAUGGCAAAUGUAUGAAUCACAGAGGGUGCGAAAGAAGUGGUUCUCUAUGUUGGGAGAUGAAGGAGAACAGUCAGAAGAGGAACAAGAUACCCUGAAGAGAACAAUGGUAGAAACUAACCCUUACUUGUUGGGCAUCACCAUUGUGGUGUCUCUAGUACACACUGUCUUUGAAUUCCUUGCAUUCAAAAAUGACAUCCAGUUUUGGAGGAGUCGUAAGUCAUUGGAAGGCCUGUCCGUCAGAUCUGUGUUCUUCAACGUGUUCCAGUCUAUUAUUGUCUUGCUGUAUGUGCUUGAUAACGACACCAAUACCAUGAUUAUAAUCAGCUGUUGUAUUGGUCUCGUAAUUGAGUUAUGGAAAAUCAAUAAAGUAACAGACGUCAAGUUUGACAGAGAGAAUCGUAUAUUGGGUAUCUUCCCUCGGCCCAAGUUUGAAGAUAAGGAAACUUAUGUCCAGUCAUCAACAAGACAGUUUGAUGAGAUGGCUUUUAAGUACCUUUCUUGGGCAUUAUUCCCUCUUCUUUUGGGCUAUGCCGUCUACUCUCUGCUAUACCUGGAGCAUAAGGGCUGGUACUCCUGGGUUCUUGGUAUGCUUUAUGGAUUCCUGCUUACUUUUGGGUUYAUAAUGAUGACACCUCAGCUGUUCAUUAACUACAAGAUGAAGUCUGUAGCCCACCUGCCAUGGCGUAUGAUGACAUACAAAGCUCUCAAUACUUUCAUUGAUGAUUUGUUUGCCUUUGUUAUCAAAAUGCCCAUGAUGUAUAGGAUAGGCUGUUUUAGAGAUGACAUUGUGUUCUUUAUUUAUCUCUACCAACGCUGGAUAUACAAGAUUGACCCCAAGAGAGUCAAUGAAUUUGGAGUAUCUGGAGAGGACUUGGCCAACGGUACAGCAAUAGAGAACAAAGAUGAUCAAAAAGAUGAACAAAAAGAAGCUAAAAAUGGCACAGUUUCUCCUCCUUCUGACAAGAAAAAUGAUURAAUAUCUUAAAUAUUUCAUGCUGCAUCGUUAAGUAAAUAUGGAUUUAGUAACCCAAAAAUAAAUUCCCCUUUUUUUUUCAUUGUUUAAAAUUCAGAAAACAUAUUUCUUCUGAUGUAAAAAAAAAUGCUGUAAAAGCUCAUAUGGAAAUGGCUGCAAUGUGCUAAGGUUGCUUUCGUCAUCCUUUUUUCUCUGCUUAAAAUUCAGAGCCUAUAUUAAAUCUGACAUUUAAAAAAAUUCUGUAAAAUAUUUGAAUUGAAGAGGCUGUAAUAUGCUUGGUUUUAUCUGACAUUUUAUUUCUUAUUUAAUUCAUCAUUCUCUUUCUGGGAGACUAUUUCAUCUGAAGUUAAAAACCUCUAGGAUGUUCAAAUUGUAAAGGCUGUAAAGUGCUAAGCUUUAAGUGUGACAUCUAUUAAGGAUUAUACAAAAUUGAACUGGUUCAUGGAAAAUGUAUUUAAAAAGCAUCAUUAUUUUACUCAUGGUUUACAUAAAAGCUAUUUUAAAUUUGUAUUUUCAAAAUGGCCAGCAUUUAGUAUUACUAGUUACAAAAAAAAAUACAUUACCUGACGUCACCAUCAGUAACAUAUUGGGAGUAUAAACCUUCAUAACUUAGAGAUGCWUCACUCAAAUCAAGAAAUAUUUUACCAUUCAAUAAUCUACUUCAUGUAGAAUCAGUACUGAAAGUAUUGUCRAAGGGUACAGGUGCACUUUAAUUUUUGAACUUAAUUUCAAAAGAUUAUGGGCCCUGUACCUAAUGCUUUACAUAGGAAUGUAUGAAUUACUUAACAAUAAGACCUGUUGCCUUCAUGGGCUAUUGACUGGUAGAUCAUGAGGGCAAGAGGUCUAAAUGUUUUAGUMUAAACCUACUCAUCGGUCAAAUAAAAUGUUACAAAAAAUUUUGAAAUCAUGAAUUCAUUCCUUAAGGAUUCAAAACAAACAUGAAAAGUUAUGUACGAUUCUUUAAGAGUAAAAUAUACUCAAUGAA